AUGGAGGUGGACGGUGAUGCCACGCCUUGCAGCAAUGCUUCGCAGUGCAGCCAUGAGAUGCUCAGCAUGCAACCUGGUUGCAUGCAUCUCUGGUGCCCGGUAUCGGACACGGCCACAGUCGGCGGAGGAUUUGGAAGAAGCCUUAAGAAGAUUUUCGCAUUAGCCGAGACCUUGCCCGAUGCCACCUUGGUCGGCCAAGCUGUCAAUCAGUUCAUCUUCCGAUCGUCAGAGUUCCUCUCAGAUGGCGCAGCGACGGAUGCGACAGGGUCGCGUCGGCUGAGUGGCCCGAGCGACGCUGACGCUGCAGAGAUGCAAUCGCCGCGUUCCGAGAUGACGACUCCUGGAUUGAUGAGCUUGCCAAAGAAGACCUUUGCGAAAGACAUGGAGCUUGAAGAGAUCCAGCACAGGUCGAUGGCCGAGGAGAGCUGGCGAAGAGCCAAGAGAUGGAUGACUGCAGCACUGCGAUGGCCGAAGCUGGAAAUGGCGCCCUCUUGA